CUCUCUCUCUCUCUCUCUCUCUCUCUCUCUCUCUGUUAUCAGAUGCGCGUCUGUGCCCACGGUCAGUGUGUGUGUGUGUGUUUGUGUGUGUUCAGUCAGUAGCAUGGCGUAUCUCGGCUACCUGCUGCUCAGCACCGCUCUCUUCCACACCGCCCAGCCUCUACCUGCAGCGCAUGGAGGGGGGCGUGACCUGGACUUGUCAGUGGGCGGAGUCAGACGCCAGCGCAGAGCCCUGCAGCCCUAUGAGGAGCAAAUGAUGUCAUAUCCUUACACACAAGGGGGAGGCGGGGCCAAUGACCUGUACUACCAAUCAGAUGACUGGAAGGGGAGGGGCUUGAACCAGGCCCUGCAGCGACUGGUGGACAGAGACCAGAGGCGGGAACAGGAAGAGGAGCAGCGAGCAGCCUACCUGGCCGCUCUGCUACGCCUCCUGAACGAGGCAGAGAGCGUGGGAUUGGUCGGCCCGGAAGACAUGGCGGUUGUUGAGGAAGAGGAGGAUGAGGAGGAUCAGGUGCCCCCUGGGGACUUCCAGGGCCAGGUCCCCGCAGACUAUGAUGAGACAGGUCGGGGUAUGAGCAUGGGGAGGCCCCAGGCUGCAUGGUGGGGCCUCCUGGAGCCCCAGCUGGCUCAGACCUUGAUGGACAGGAUGGAGCCUCAGCUGGUUCAGACCCUGCUGGAGAGAGCGAGACAGGAGAAAGUCCAACAGACAGGACGAGGACUCACCAGAGACCAGGACACUCUGAGACGGAUGGUUGCUAGGAUACUGUCCAGCAUCGGCCCUAACAACGCCCCGGUGACCUCAGGUCGCCGAGCGAGGAGAGACCUGUCCGUCACCUCGAUCGAACCCGUUAGCUCCUCCCACAGGAGAACUCGCCGCUCCCUUGAAGACCUGACACCUCCAUCACCUAGCAAUGACCCCCCACUCCUCCGGGUGAAGAGGCUGGAGGAGGAGGAAGAGGAGGAGGAGGAGGAGAAUCUCCGUCCCCUCACCGCUGGGCUGCAGAGGAUGAAACGCAUUGACACCAUGGCAACCGCAGCAGAGGAAGAACUGAAUCAUGGGAUUCGAAGGCGCCGGAGGAGAGCCGCCAUGAAUUAUGACCCCCAAAUAUUGAUCGAUCAGAUUGUGAAUUACAUGAGGGAGUGAGAGGAGAGGAGGAGAGGAGGAGGGGAGGAAACAGAAGGGGAGGGGAGGGGAGAGGAAGAGAGGGGUAGAGGAAAGGAGGAGUAUCGUGUCGUUCUUUAAGUUUCUCAUUUCUGUUUAUGUAAAAAUGUUUUUUGCUGCUUUAGGUCAAAAUAAAUCAUAACCAGUCGUUCGUUGUUAAAGGAAGGGGGGGGGGAAAUGUGACCUCUGAGUUUUCACGACCAAUAACACAGAGGUCAUGACCUCUUGUCCUAUUGAUCAGUUAUUUCCUAAACGUUUCCUGAAUGUUUCAUGAAAA